AGGAGAGGUCGAGGUCGACAUUCGCAAUGCCCUAAGUGACGGAACAGCCCGGCCCGGCCUCUGCAUCCCAUCGCCCCAUCGCAGCGCAGGCGGAAUCACGAAGGCCGUCGUCGUAAGGAACGAAGGAACGAACGUUUGAAGGAAGAAGGCUAACGGGCCUGCGGCACGAGGCGGCGAGAUAGCGAGCGAGCGAGCGAGGGAGGGAGGGAGGCAGCAGGGGGAAGAGAGAGACAGAGUCAGAUAGACAGCGCGGGAGAGGGCGAGGGAGGGAAAGAUAGAGAGAGAGAGAGGCACGGACCCAGAGAGAGAGAGAGAGCGAGCGAGCGAGUACCGGAUAUCGGAGCGACCUGCGAUUGUGGGCGAGUGAUCAUAAGAAUGCGAGCAGGGGGCCAUGCAGUUUUUCUUUCUGCUGCUCAUGGAAGGUAGUGAAGGCUGAAGCCGGACUCGCGAGGAAUUUAGCGGCGAACUUUCGUUUGAGUCGGGAUUGUGGGCUGCUCGUGCCACGGGGUGGGGGGUGGUAUUGUCUCUCAGUCGUCGCGAGUGGAUCUUGAACCUCGGAGCCGAGUCGCACGAAGAGGAGAGGAGAGGAGAGAAGAGACGAGACGAGACGAGUGAGUAGUGGUGAGGUUUUGGGCGGGAUAUUGGGGCGUUUGCUCAAAAGGCAGGCAGGGAGGGAGGGAGGUAGGGAGGGAGUCUGAUUUGCGGCGGGGGCGGAGGCGUGCUCAAUUUGUAGUCGGCGCUGUGGGUUCAGGAGAGUUUGAAAUUUACAUUUACAGCAAGCGAGAGUGUGAUUUAGUGUCGGCCCCUGGGGCGAAAGGGACGUGUCUGGGGAGCAGUAAUUGCCGAGUUGAGAAAGUGCCCUCGGGUGUCGUAGAACCUCGCGUUCCGUCUCUUCGCAAAAGGAAAUUUGUCCCUUACUGUUGUUUGGCCUCCGGAGAGUGGGAAACUAAGCUCGUGCUUAAUUUUUCAAUCAGUUGAAGAAGGUGCCUCAUUGUGCACUGGUGGCCAGGAGGCUAUCGCUACGUCGACGAGUGUUGGGUUGCGCUCGGUGCCUCGGUCUUCCUGCCCCGGAAGAAGUCCUUUUUCUGACGAUUUUCUGGAAGUGCCUCCUCCCUUCCCAUGGACGCGCCUUCUUACUUCAUCUCUCCAGCUAAACGCCCCCACUCUCACUACGAGCGCGAUUCUCUGGAGUCUAACGGAAGACACAAGCGUCAUCAGUCGUCGCAUUCUCGUGGACCUCCUCCUCCUAUGAAGCCUAUUCAGGAUGAGACCGUGUUUAGGAUCCUCUGCCCGGGAUCGAAAACAGGAAGCGUCAUUGGCAAACAAGGAAGUAUCAUCAAAGCUCUAAGGCAGGAGACUGGUGCCAGGAUAAAAAUUGCGGACGCAGUUCCAGGCGUGGACGAGAGAGUGAUUAUCAUCUCGGCCUCGGACAGAGAUCGAGAACGCGGAAGGGAUAGGGAUAGGGCAAGGGAUCGUGAAGGUCGUGAGAGGGAUGGUGUCUCCAGAGAACGAGAUGGAGGAAGCGGUGGUAGGGAAAGGGAAGGCAGGGAGCGCGAAAGAGAUGUCAGGGAAAGAGAGGGCGCUGAACCCAGAGAUAGGGAGAACCAGUCACCGGCCCAAGAAGCUCUAUUCAGAGUUCACGGCAGAAUUGUGGACGGUGAAGGAAGCAAUGGAUCCGACGAGGAAGACGAGGACGGGGGACCAAGUUUGGUCACAACUCGUUUGUUAGUUCCAAAUAAUCAGAUUGGCUGCUUGCUUGGUAAGGGUGGCAAGAUUAUCGAACAAAUGCGCGAUGAAACCGGUGCGCAGAUCAGAAUACUACCUAAAGAACAGCUACCGGGUUGCGCCUUGCCUUCUGACGAGCUUGUCCAGAUCUUUGGUGAGCUGUCUGUUGUGAAGAAAGCAUUGCACGCUAUAUCCACUCGGUUAAAGGAGAACCCUCCCAGAGAGCGUCCAGGAGGAAUGGGGGGUGCAAUGCAUGGGUCGGGCAUGUAUCCUCCGGGAGGUGGUAUAUUAGCUGGAGACACCUUCCUCCCCCCAGGAAACACACUCCUUGGGCAGGGUGGACCCCUUCUAGGACUCGGACCAUCGCUUUCAGGGUUGGGUGGCGGAGGCGGUGGUGGAGGUUUCCCUUUCAACUCUCAAGCUUUACCAGUGCUUCCAGACUCUGGUGCCUCACACCUGGGUCGCCAUCCUCCGGUGGACGAAGAGCUGGUUUUUCGCAUCUUGUGUCCGAACGAGAAAAUUGGGAGCGUUAUUGGUAAAGGAGGGAGUAUAAUCCGCAAUCUCCGAGAGGACACCGGUGCGCGUAUCAAAGUUGCCGAUCCAAUUCCAGGCUCAGACGAGCGUGUUAUAAUUAUUUCUGCUAACGAGCACCCAGACGACAACAUCUCCCCGGCACAGGAAGCAGUAUUGCACGUACAGAGCAGGAUAGUGGAUUUGGGUUCUGACCAAGAUGGAGUCAUCACUACAAGAUUGCUCGUCCCUUCCAACCAAAUUGGAUGCCUCCUCGGAAGGGGUGGUAGCAUCAUCGCAGACAUGAGGAAAGCUACCCGUGCUAAUAUUCGUAUACUCGCCAAAGACCAGCUACCGAGAUGCGCUCUGGAAACCGAUGAACUCGUCCAGAUCGUUGGUGAUAUCCGUGUUGCACGAGAAGCUUUGAUACAGAUUACCACACGCCUAAGGAGUAAUCUUUACAGGGAAAAGUCUGGUUCAGGUUCUAGUGGCGCAUUUCCAUCCUCCAUGUCAGGUCUAGGACUUCAAAGUAGCGUACCUUUGUCGUCUGGGUACGGGGGUAGACACGAACCCGGGUCUCCCGGAGGAAUGUAUUCGUCGCUGUCUGGUCUUGGGCUACAACAAAGCGGAAGAGGAUCAUCGUACCAAAAUAUGAGUUCCUCUCCAGGAUCGUGGGGCCUUCAGGGCGGUGGUAGCAACGCUGGAGGUGGAAGUCUUUCGGGUUAUGGUGGUGCGUCCUCCCAUCAGAGUGGGUCCGGCAGAUACGGCGGUGGUGGAAGGUCAAGCGGAGGACUCGUGACGAAUACGACUGUCGAAGUCGUCAUACCGAAUGGUGCCGUUGGAUCAAUUAUUGGGAAGUCAGGAAGCAACAUCGCCCAGAUCCGACAGAUAUCUGGGGCUAAAGUGAAAUUGCACGAUGUUCGGCCCGGUUUAUCUGAAAGGAUUGUUGAGAUAUCUGGAACCCCAGAACAAACUCACGCCGCGCAAAGUCUCCUCCAGGCUUUUAUUUUAAGUGGCCAAUCAUCUUCGUUAGGCCCUUACCCUGGGUAAACAAGGUCUGAACAGCCGCAGACUUGAAGCCUGGAGCCAGACCACACCUGAGGCUGCAGCCCAAGCCAUAACUCUGCGGAUUUUAAGAGCCCGGCCGUCGAAGCCCAUCCUUCCCAAGCUUGACAAAUGUGGACUUGCUUCCUCUUUGAGGAGUUGCCGAGAUGCCCUGUUGCUACUCUUUCUUGGGCCGCCUCCUUACUUAGGUGAUUAAGGGAGUUGCUGAAGAUUUUGAUCACUCGUACGAGCCUUCACGCCCUGCACAACUUGAUUGUAUUUAUGCCAUUCCAUCGAGAAUCCACUUAGGCCAAUGAUUAAGCCGUGUUCUUGAAAGAUGUUGGCCAAUGCAUGGCCUUUGAGAACAGAACCAGAGCCCAAACUGGGAGGCUCGUUAUAAGUUCUUUGUAUUUUGCAUUGGCUUGCAAGUAGUGGAUAGGGUUAUGAGGGCUUUUUUAGGUUUUACAGUUUACUUCUUUUGACUUGUUGUAGGAAUGCCAGUGUAUAGUGAACCUUUUGCAAUUUUGUAGGCACAUUCGGUUCGUUGUUAUGUAGCUCUUUAGAUGUUGAGCUGCCAUCAAUGUGGGCUUGCCGAAGCCGUGUCAGUAACUCCUACUGAGACGGGUGCCUAGAUCUUAUGUACAAGUGCUACAAUGAAAUCUCUCAAUGAUGUUGUGCGCUCUCUUUAUGGAUGAAACCUCCAUCAUGAAUGUUCCAUGAGUCAUCAGUCGUCAUCUUUUUGCAAGUAACGAGUACCAACUUUCCACCAUAUGAUAUCAAAUCAUGUGCCUGUCCGACAAGAAGAUCGAUUGCUCAAUGCGACGAGUCAGGCCACCUCUUUGGGGGAAAUCUUUUCAGACGAGAAGCAAUAUGCUUCCAAACUUUUGUGAGCUCACAGAAGCCAACUCCAAGUUGUUCUUGAAUUUUCCUUUGUGCCUUAUGUCUGGGAGACAAUAGUUUGCAGUCUAUAUGCUACUCUUGAGAUGUCAGCUCACAGUUCCUUUACAAUGACCUGGACUAUGAUCUUGUCACAAACAGUCUAGUUACACCUUGUGGCUGUGCAUCACGGGGCACCAAAUUCAGUGAAUUUGAGUGCGAAUCUACAUCCUCAAGAUCCAGUUUCCCUCUCACCUGAUUUCUGUGGAGGUGUUCCUUUGUUCGAAGGGGAGGGUGAAAGCCAAUGCGGGGAUGUUCUUACAGUACGGAGGUACGUUGAACCGUUAUCCUGUUUGAAUACACGAGGAUAUAGGUAGUACCUUCAUAUCUCGUAGACGAAACGGACCCAGAAAUGUUGCAGUUUCUCCUCAGUUGUAUCUACCUACCUGCCUGAGCACUUACUGGGAGCUGAGCACAAGUGUAUGAUCUGACCUGAUUCUCAAGCUUGUCCUCUUUGCUACUACUUGUCCUUACACCUAUUUCCAAGCUCUUAUUGAUCAUGCAUCAAUUAUCGUCUUCAGGACGAAGUUGUUAUCUCACACCUACUUGCGUUUUUGCACCAAACAGUCUACUCUGAAAGCUUACAGGCCAACAACAGGACCAUUUUCCUUUGGGGAUAAUAUCGACCACGGAGAUGCUUAACCCUGUGGUUUGCAUGUUUCAAAUAUUUCGUUCUCUGAUUACUGUAAGAAACCCAUGGUCUGGAUAUCGCCCCAUCUAUUGGCCCGGCAAACAUCCAUUGACGUCUAGCAACGUCAGAGUUGACGGCUUUGUGGCAUGUUCCGAAGUUUGUCCUCUGGUUGUUUUUCCUUUAACAUGGAAUUUCGAUCGGGCUGUUUCGUGAGGUUUGGCCUCACAAAGUGCUUGUGGUUUGUCGGGCAGGAUGAGUGUCGGAGAAUUUACUGAAACACUUCUGUGAAGCCGGUUUUGUCAGACAGGAAGACGAAUUGAGUGAAUCGCUUUUGAUGGAGUGAUAUCAAUCCUAUGCCUAAUCAGAGGGCUCCGAAGUCGAGCAAGGUACGCAACCGACGAUCUCUCAUCAGGUAUAGUUUUCUGACUUUGCAUCCCUCUUAUUUGGACGCUAAUAAAUUCGCAAACAUUUUCUCGCGCAUGGGGAUGUUGGAAGAACUUUUUGGUUACUCAGGAAACAGGGUUCUCGAAGGUUCUUAGUAACCUCGCUGUUCCGUUGGUCAAAAUUUGAAAGGGUAUAGCCUCGUGCACUGUCUCUUAUUGAGCCUAUCGGUAGACUUAUCUUCAAUCAUCAGUGUCGUUUUUGUUAUCUCUUUUACCUGAAUGGAUCGUCGGGGUAUAUUACAUCGCAUGUUCGCAGGCAGCAGGAAAGGAGCGGGUACUUUCUACUGAUUAUUUGCUGUACCUGUCAAAUGUUCAGUAUUCUUCUAGUACAUCUUGCUAACACGGUCUUUUGUGUUUGGACCUCAUGAGUACACGACUGACCCUGAAUGCGUUUCUAAUGUGGCAAGGAUAGGUCGGGAUUUGACCGUCACGAAUCACGUAUUAAAAUUUGUAUAUAUCACGGUCUAGUUUCUUUUCGUGGUUAUGUAUGCAGUAGUGGAAUCCCUUUGGAUCACUCGUCGAGAGUUUCUUGCCGACUUCUUUAUAUCGCAAGAUCUGCCAGUAUAUAGCAGUAUCAGCUGACAUGAAGUCUUUUUAAGCAAUCAUAUCACGUCUUGUGUCGGAUUUUGCUGUUUGCACUUCUUAUGUAGAUAUUGUUUUACUGAUCUUCCGAGCACAACGUAUGCCGGUUUCGGUCUAGAUGAUAUGAUAUGGACAGACCAUUCUAUGUACUCCGCAUUUUUUUCCUACGGUUGUUUUCCUUUGUGCGCAAAGUAGGAGGUAUGAACUUCUACCCGCGCCCUGGGCUUGUGAACGUUACGCAACUUCUUUCAGUCAUUGAUGAAGCUCGCUGACGCCGAGUUGCAUUCACGACUUUCGCUGUUAGCCGCUCGAGCCUAACAACGAAGAUUUUGCAUUUAAACCCUGAUCUCAUUCUAUCCGGAUCGUAUUAAGGGUAGAACGGAUAUUCAACGUUUGGUUAUGUGACCGAAAAACCUCAUGAGGUUUUGGCAUGCUGCAAUUGAGCUUCGUAUUAUUUGGACACAUGGAGGUGCCUGCGACGUGCAGAAAAUUCGGUAAGAACGUUCGAUUUCGAGUGUAUAGGUUCAAGCUUGUCUCGCUACGAGUUUAUCGAAUUUAGAGCGAAUUACUAGUCACACUAAAGGUUUUUUUGUCGGGGGUAUAUCGUUUUGCAGGUUAGUUUGUAAUGACGUGGGCGGUGAAAUUUGAGAUAAAGAAACAGGAUGCGGGAGCUCUAAAUCGACUCCAACUUCUACCUCUUGUAUGAGGUCAAUUUGAACACGGGUGGAGAUUUAAUUCGAGUUAUUCAAGAUCUUGUCAUCUCGACAACACUUGUUCUAUCUGAAAUUGAAGUCUGCACACGUUGGAAGAAAAGCCUCGCUGUCAAAGAGAGCAGACCUCGAGGGUGGAUCACGUGUUUAGCGUUUUCUCAAAUUUUUAUGCAAGAGACAAGACCGACGAGAGUCUACCGACUUUUUUCAGUUCGUGAUGGAACUAGUUCAAAUGAUACGGAUUACCAGAAAAGGCAAUUAAAUGCGGCCAUAUCAGGACGAACUUUUCGGGUGGAGUUGAAGUUAUCCUGUGGAGUAGUGCACUAAACGAUUUGAUGUCAAUGAAGGAAUGGAACAUUUACAGCGAUUAGCGUCAGAUACUUCGCGGUCGGCUGCCAUUGAGAAGUGAAUGGCAGUCAUUAUGGACAAUAUUAGCUCAGCCGAUGGUGAAGCGGUCGUUACAAUCGCAAAAACGCAGCGAUUACUUGCAUUGUGAGUGAGACAGCCUGUGGCUACAAACGGUUGGUCUUUUGGUCCGUAGCAACAUAGUAAUAUACGCAAGCGUGACAAACGCCGUCUCAUCAUGUCAUGCCUUUUCAUCCUUUGUGCCAUUUUCUUGGUUCCUCGCCCUUAUGAUCAGGACAAAGAUUGACUGCAGUUUUUCGGAAUAGCUUUUCUGUCCUCAUUAUGUCUGCACCGUUUCAGUUACAACCAACGACUCUUUCACAUGUUGGGUCUUCGUUGUACCCAAAUUAUGAAAUUGUUGUGGGGAGCUGAUUACUUAGGAGAUGCGCCUUCUUUGCAUACAGCACGGAACGGUCGGGUGGGCCAGUCUAUUGGAAGUUCAUUCGGACUAAAUUUAUAUUGCCCGGAAAGGCCGGUCUCCCACAGCUGUGUCGACGUAUUUCUGGCAGCGAUUGUGCCACCCUAUGUAGCUUGAAGUAGAGCUUUGCAUCCGGACUAGCAGAAAAGUGCACAAUUUUACGAUACGAUUCUUGAACAUGGCCGUGAAUAAAUCUCUUCUACUGCAG